AUGGCUCCAGUCGCGGUCAGAGCCUCAACGCUAGAUGCGCCAGCGCAUUCAACAAAGCAAGUGGCGCAGGAUGGCCUCGUGCGAGGCGACUCCAACAUCGCCUUUGCGCCUGCUUCCGAGCCCUACCAGCGCCGGCUGAAGUUGGUUCAGAACGAUCCCAACGAGCGCGAGGUCACAUUUCCACUCAUCGUUCGACCCGUGCGUACAAACGGCAGCGCUGAGCCUUUGACCACGCCCGAGAUUGUCGAAUCGGUGCGCUCGCUUGCGCCUGCGCCCGCCAGCGAGUAUCGACCGUCGAGGCUGCAAGAGCUCAUGGAUGCGCACGGAGGCGCAGUGCACUUCAAGGGGCUGCCCAUUCGCAGCGCCGACGACUUUAGCGACUUCAUGCACAGCUUGGCAGGUGCUUCUCGGUCGGGCGGCGAGCCAGAAGAGGCUCGCAACCUGUGGCAUGCGCAUGUCGAUAAGGGUCUCAUGGUGAUCCGCCAUCAGAUGGCGCCCAACGUGGCCACGGCCAAUGAGGGGCCUCCGCAUCAGUCGAUUGGAUCGCACAACGAGUACGGUCUUUCGACGCACUAUCCCUCGGUCAUCGCCUUUUGCUGUCUCUCGGCGCCCACCUCGGGCGGUCAGACGCCCAUCGCCAACAGUCUGGCGCUCUACGACAGGCUCAACUCGAGCGUGCCCGGCUACGUCGAAAAGAUCACCCGGCGCGGCCUGACUUUCAUCAUCCACCAUCCCGUAGCCAAGGUCAAGGACUCGGUGCAGGGCAACAGCCUGUACAACCCGGACUCGUUCGGCCCUACUCCCGAGGACAGGAUCGACCUCACCCAGCUCACCGAGGCCGAAAAGCGCCAGCUGGUCGAAGACAACAUCCUCGAUCUGGCGAGAGAGGGCGGCUGGGGUCAGACGACCACCGACGAGGAUGCAGAGGGCAAGUUGGGAGCAUGGCAUCAGCGCGGGUUUUCGUGGACCUGGCUCGAGGAUGGAUCGAUCAACGUGUUUCAGCGCGUGCCCGGCAUUCGUGUCCACCCGACGCUCGGUCGGCCUGCCUACUUCAACAAUGUCGGCAACCGCUACGCCUACUCGAAGCAACACGGCUGUCUGGACCCCCCGCACUAUUCGAGCGAAAAGAAAGACUUCUUCCCGCCACCUUCCUUCCCGCGCCCGCUCGACGGCGAUUCCACCGAGGAAGACGAAACGAUCCCACUCGAGUGGCUUGAAACCGCGCAUCGCACAACCGAGGACCUCCAGGCGCACGUCGAGUGGCACCAGGGCGACGUGCUCGUCAUCGACAACCUCGCCGUCCAGCACGCACGAACCCCCUGGACCGGCCCGCGCAAACUCGUCGCCAGCCUCUGGGACCAGCCCUCGUACCUCGCCAAGCACGCCCCCAUCCGAUCCUAG